AUGAUUGAAGAGCUGAGAAAAAACACGACACAAAACGACCAAACCGAGAAUGGACCAGAUGGAGAUUUUGAAGUGGAGUUAUAUUCACUUACCUAUACGUUGGCUCUCUGCUAUGUCUGUUCGUCUCAACAUUCUACAAACUGCCACAACACAUACUCAGGCGAUGCAUACUACCACAAUGAUAAGGCACUCCGGAUUGUGAUGGUUGGGAAAACUGGAGUUGGGAAGAGCGCCACGGGAAACACCAUUCUGGGACAUAAGUACUUUAAAUCAGAUUUUUCUUUUAAAUCUCUGACCGUACACUGUGCUAAGGCCUUUGGGGAAGUGGAUGGACAAAAGGUUGCUGUCAUUGACACUCCAGGUCUGUUUGACACCAGCACUGAUGAAAACAAGACCAGAAACGAUGUUGGCCAGAGCAUUGCUUAUGCUUCUCCUGGACCCCAUGUCUUCCUGGUCGUCAUCAAACUGGGCAGAUUCACAGAUGAAGAAAGGCAGUCAGUGAAGAAGAUUCAGGAAAUCUUUGGAGAGGAAGCCGACAGAUACAGCAUGGUCCUCUUUACCCACGGUGAUCUGCUCGAAGACCAAACUAUCGAAGAGUCCUUGAAGGAAAGCGAAGAGCUGCAGGAACUUGUGGCCAGAUGUAACGGGCAGUACCACGUCUUCAAUAAUGAGGAGAAGGAUCGUUCUCAGGUCAGAGAGCUGCUCGACAAGAUCAGAAAGAUAACAGAGAAGAACGGAGGAAGCCAUUACACCAAUGAAAUGUUCCAGGAGGCAGAGAGGGCCAUAGAAGAGGAAAAACGACGGAUCCUUGAAGAGAGAGAAGAGGAAAUGCGCAAAGAGAAGGAGGAAAUGGAGAAGGAAAUAUCGGAAAAGUAUGAGCAACAAAUGAAGGAAGUGAAAGAUGACAAAGAGAGGAUGAAAAAGCUACUUGAAACUCGUGAAAGAGAAAUGGAGGAGGAAAGGAGGAGAUUAAGAGAAGAGCAGGAAAGGAGGGCCAGACAGAAAGCUGAGAACACCCCUUUCAUAAUUAGGCUUAUAAAGGGCUUUAUUAAAUUCGUUACAGGUUGUGAUGACAGCCGGUUUGCGUGAGACAGUCAGGCCUGAUGCUGGACGGCAGCAGAUUUAGCAAACCUUUGGCUGUCUGACUCCUUGUUAAUCUUCACCGUAGAUGCACAAUAUCUAUCAGGUAUUAACAGGUAUAUUUAAUUAUAUAACUAAACUUUUGUCCAGUACCUUUUUAAUUCCAUAACGAUGGCAGCCAUAGACACUCGCCAUGAAACAGGAAGUUGUUGUAACUUCAUUGUACAGUCUCCAAACUACCAAUGUUGAGUGCUUGAUAAGUCAUAGCACCACUUAAAGGCAACAGGUAGUCAGCCUCAUGUGACAAACAUCAUGAAAAUAACAAUGUGUGGUCUACAAUUGAUGUUUAGUGACAUUCUGUUUGUUAAUAGUGUUUCUCCAGCACCACAUAGUGGACAUAUAAAGUGGUGCAAGGUGUGCAAUAUCUCUAACUUCCAGCAAAUCAUACUCCAUGCAACAUAUGUGAUAUUAAUACUUUUUUUGUUUACCAUAGAACAUAAAGUCCAUAUAUGGCAUCUUUCUGGACUCUGGGUUUUGUGGUUUAAUGGGUCAUUUAUCUCAGUGAUGUAAGAAACGUGUGGAGUGCAUGCAUGUUUUUCAGGUAAUCACUGUGACUGCACCACAGACAAUGAUAAUUAUGUAGAGAUCGUGAAUAAUGUGUUGCUCAGUGAUCAUGAAAUAAAGCUGAUAAUAAAUGAGUAAUGCUUUACUGACA